AAUGAUGAUCAUGUAGAAAAUAAUAGUACUGCACAGGCAUAGGACCACUUAUCUGGCAUGCUUGGGAGCUGGGAAUGGAGGUGCUGGGAUUGGGCAAGUGUGAUCGACGUGACCUCUGCAUCUUGAGACGCGAUUGGUACUAAGGCAUUGUGGGUGGUAGCAUGUGAAGUUCGCAUGUCACCACAUGAGACAGGAGAGUUUAUCCCAUUAUUCUGAGUUAGUUUAGUGCAUUUUAUAUUCAAAUAGGCCCACUAAAUGUCAAAAUUUCAUAUGAGGUGACCUGAAGCUCUAAAGAUGCACACCAUAUGACUUGACUUGAAGCCCAGGGGUUCAAGACAUUAAUUAACCCAUGAGAACCUGGUGGGCUUCCAAGACCUCAUUAAAACCAUAAGACAUACUGUACAUGAGACGUUGGUAGCCCUCCAAUACCUUAAUUAACCAGACAUACAUGAGACCUUGAUGAGUGCUCCUACAGGUUCUAUGAGCAGCUGCGGCGGAGGUACUAUGUGACAUUGUGACACCCACCUCCUACCUGGAGCUCGUGUUCACCUUCAAGCAGCUCCUCCUUAAGAAGCGCUCAGAGAUCCUCACACUACGGGACAGGUAUGUGACAGGUCUGGAGAAACUGAAAGAGGCCAAGCUGUUGAUCACUGAACUGCAAGAAGAGCUAAAGCUGCUGCAGCCCUGCCUAGUGGAGACCUCUGCCAACACGGAGGCACUUAUGAUCAAGAUCGAACAAGACACCAUCCAAGUGGAGAGGAAACAAGAGUUGGUGGCGGCAGACGAGGCGGUGGCCAAUAAGAAGUUUGCCGAUGCACAGGCCAUAAAAGACGACUGUGAAAAGGAGCUCGCCAAGGCAGUACCAGCUCUCAAUGCUGCCACAGACGCCCUCAACACCCUCAAACAAGAUGACAUACGCGUCGUCAAGGCCAUGAAGAACCCGCCCUCAGGAGUCAAGCUGGUAAUGGAAGCUGUGUGUGUAAUGCUGGACCUCAAGCCAGAGAGGAAGCCAGACCCUAAUGGCUCAGGAAAAAUGAUUGAGGACUAUUGGGCACCAUCUCAGAAGCUGUUGGGGGAUAUGAAGUUCCUCCAGAACCUGCUGCACUAUGACAAAGAAAACAUUCCCACAAAGAUUAUCACUCACGUCCGCAACAAGUAAGUUCAAACAUUAUUUCCGUGA